AUGACGUCACGCCGCGCCUCCGCGCGUUGCCGGGGAGAUCCAAAGACCCGGCAAAAUAAGAGUCCCCGCUCCGCCCGCCGCCGCCGCCACGCGACCCACGGAGUUCGUGGCUCCGGCCGCGGGCGGCCGGGCUACGGCACAGCCGGACCCUUUGCCGGGGACGCUGAGUCUUUGCAAAGCCUGGAGGGCGACCUGGCCGGCCGCUACUACUCGCUCAAGAGCAUGACCGAGGCGGAGCAGCAGCAGCUCAUCGACGACCACUUCCUCUUCGACAAGCCGGUGUCGCCCUUGCUGCUGGCCUCGGGCAUGGCCCGCGACUGGCCCGAUGCCCGCGGCAUCUGGCACAAUGACAACAAGACCUUCCUGGUGUGGAUCAACGAGGAGGACCACCUGCGCGUCAUCUCCAUGCAGAAGGGGGGCAACAUGAGGGAGGUGUUCACGCGCUUCUGCACGGGCCUCACCCAGAUCGAGAGCCUGUUCAAGGCCAGGAACUACGAGUUCAUGUGGAACCCGCACCUGGGCUACAUCCUCACCUGCCCCUCCAACCUGGGCACCGGGCUGCGCGCGGGCGUGCACGUCAAGCUGCCGCACCUGGGCAAGCACGAGAAGUUCCCCGAGGUGCUCAAGCGGCUCCGGUGGGGUGGCCAACUGGGGCUGUAA